UGCCGCGCUUUCGAGAAGACUCAAUCGUCGCGUUCGCGUGAAAACCAUGAUCCACCGGGGCCGGGUGCUGUUUGUGGCCGCGCUGUUGAGCGCCGUGGCCCCGGACCGAUGCAGCGCCACGUUCGACGCACUGUGCGAUGGAGUUCGAUUCGCCACCUUCGCACACCCGGACGACUGCCGGCAGUAUGUGGUGUGUUUCCAGGGAAAACCGACGGUCCAACGGUGCCCGGCGGGCUACGUUUUCAAUCCGUACGUCCUGUUCUGCGUGCAGCAGUCCCAGUACGACUGCCGGCACAUACCGACGUCGACUCCGGGGCCACCGGAACCGGAGCCCAGCUCCACGACGGAGCCUUCGGUAGCCGAGGAACUGCCCACAUCUACCGCGGUGGAACCGCCGGGCUGCACCGCCGGGCCACCCAACUGGGAGUCGUUCUUCUGCGAGGACGUUCGGCGUGCCCUCGUACCCAAUCCCAUGAACUGCACCCAGUACAUCAACUGUCAAUCGAGUCCCCCGAGCAACAGCCGGUGCCGGCCGGGGACCGUCUUCAGUGACGCGUACCAGGACUGUCUGCCGGGCGACGGCCAGGCGUGUGUAAUGGACCCCGUCUGUGAUCAAUUCUGUGCCGAUCGGGCCGACGGGAGCUACCCGCACCCAUACCUGUGCAACCGGUUCCUGUCGUGCGUGCGGCGCACGGUCCGGUUCGAAUCGUGCCCGCCGUUCUUCGUGUUCAAUCCGACUGUCCGGCACUGCGUGACCGGCAACGCCGUGGACUGUUCCAGUCUGUUGACACGAUGAUAACGGAGUGGCGCAGCGACCCCGAGUGGACUCCUGCGAAAACCGUUUCUUCCAAUUCCGCAGCACGAAGCGGGCGGAAGUCUCAAUAAAUCUC